AUGGGUUGCACGCGGCCGCUCAAUCUCCAGGAUUUGGGGUGUGGGCCUAGCAUCACAUACAACCACAUCAACGUCGAGCAGUGGCCUGAUGAUUAUGCCAACGAGUGGAGAGAGAUACAGGCUCAAUAUCCAUCUCAGGCACCCGUGGACUUGGGAAGCAUGGGCUACAACGGCGCAAUCUCUACGUAUUUCCCGCGAAGCAUCCUUGAAGCGUCCCACUUCCAGGAUGGCAACGUGCUUGAGCACUUUCGCGGUUGGAAUGCAUCCUGGAACCACAACGAGAAGUAUUUUGACAGCCUGGGGUCGAUUGAUAGGAGCCAGGUGCGCCCCUGUAACGAGACGCGUUUCAUGCUGCCAAAGCCGAAAGCGGACUACCUCAAUGUCACAGGUGAUUCGGAUGGCGUGCGCACGCAGCCGAAUGGCGACCUCAUCGCUUUCUGCUACGAUGGCUACUUUUGGUUGUCGCCGUCUUGCAGGGCAAACUCCACGCGCUGCGUGCCAUACCUGACUGCCGCCGAUGGCUGGGGCCUGGACAGCAUGAUGCAGAAGGUAACGGCGUUUGACAUGCCUAUCGCUGUGGGUGUUGCGAAAAACUGGACAAACAUGCCGCUGCAUGUCAAGAGUACAUUCUAUUGGUGGAUACCAGACACCACUUUCCUGGACCUUGACCCUGUGCACAUCACGUUUCCCCCCUACGAUUUGAGCGCCUGGAGGAGGGGGGACAAGCGGACUGCCACUGCGUCUAGCGCGAUCAACAAGCUCGUCAGCCAAGACCUGUCUGCCCUGGCCCCGGUCGUGGAGGAGUUCAUUCGCAACCUGCGCUUCAACAUGAACGACGUCAUGAGCAUGAUGAAGGACAGGAAGGCAACCGGCGACUCGCACUGGGAUGUUGCAUGGGAGGUUGAGGAUGUCUCAAUGACGGGGUUGCCUGACAAGACAAAGUGCUUCCCGGGCUUCGGUUUGUACGACACCGACCGCGGGGCGUUCACGCAGAGCCGGAAUGGCACAAGCUUCCUGGAGUGCAGGGCUUGUGAGUCAGGUCGAUAUUCAUCCCGGCUGAAGGAUGAGAAGGGCUUGACUCAUGCAUGCAAAGAGUGUGCACCCGGCACCAGUCAGUCUUCAGGUGCAGCUCUGUCCUGUGAGCUAUGCCAGCUAGGCGAGUAUCAGAACAGCUCAGGCAGCCAAAGUUGCAAUCGUUGCAACAUUGGCUUCUACCAAGAUCAAAAAGGUUCGCCCUUGUGCCGUCAGUGUCCAAGCGGAACAACUCUUGGUUUUGGCUCUGUAGCCAUGACUGAUUGUGGUUGCCAGAACGGUUACAUCAAAGUUGAGACCGGCCCCGUCAAUUGGAGCUGCGAAAAGUGUGGAGAGGGAUUGCAUUGCCCAUCUCUCGGCACUCAGGACGGCCUUGUUUCUGGCAAUUCAAUGCUGGGCAGGCAGUUUGUGCCAGAGCUCCUCAAAAACUACCACAGCACCGCUGACAACCCUCUGGCUGUGUACCGCUGUCAGGGAGACUCUCACUGUCCAGGCGGCAUACCCGAGCUGCAAAGGUGGUUUGCAAGGCACAGCUUGCACUGA